CCAGAGGAGCGUCGAGCGGGGCAGGAGGGAGAGCUGAACCCUGGAGACGGCGCCCAUCACACAUCCCAGGAACAGAAAGUGUUGAGUUUUCAGCAGAUCUUACUCUUCUGCGGACUGGCUUCUGCUCAGUUCUCGUCCCCGUGAAGCGAACGUGUGAGGACAGCUGUGAUUUCACACGAGAUUUACACAUCAGACCAUGGGCUCAAACUCGCCAUCAAUCACCAGCGAAGAACUGGCUGCGAUCGACGACGAAGAAGUUCUCAACAAGAUGUUGGACAACGCAGCAGAUUUUGAGGAGAGGCGGAUGAUCCGUGCUGCACUAAGGGACCUGCUCAAAAAGAAGAGAGACAAACGGGAGCAGGAUCGAGGGACGAGGCAGCAGGAGCUCAGACAGCAGGGCCAGAGCAAGGGAGGAGCUGGGAGAGCGACCCCGAACCAGCAGCCGUCACCAAAAACAGGCCAGCAGUCGUCCCACACUCCCUUCAACAGAACAGCAGGGAGCUCCUCCGCCGUCUCGGCCCAGCAGUGUCCUGUUGCCACAGUACCCAACGCUAAAAAUGUCAAACAGAUGCUUCUAGACUGGUGCCGGGCCAAAACAGAGCCAUAUGAGGGGGUGGACAUCCAGAACUUCUCCUCCAGCUGGAAAGACGGCAUCGCCUUCUGCGCUCUGGUGCACCGCUUCUUCCCCGACUCGUUCGAAUACUCCAUCCUCAACCCCAACAUGCCCAGGGACAACUUUCAGUUGGCGUUCAGCACCGCAGAGAGGCUGGCCGGCUGCCCUCCCCUGCUGGACGCCGACGACUUGAUCCGGAUGAAAGAGCCUGACUGGAAGUGUGUGUACACCUACAUCCAGGAGUUCUACCGCUGCCUGGUGGAGAAAGGACUGGUCAAAACCAAAAAGCGGCCGUAGACUCCGAACAAACCAACUCCAGCUUUGAAAAGCUGUUUCGCCUUUUGCCACAAGAGAAUUACGUUGCACGCCUUUUCCUGCUCCAUCUUCUCGUUGAUUCUCCGCUAUUUUUCACGUCUUGAUGCGGCUGUUUGAGUGAAAAUGCACAGCGGUGUGUAGCUUUGUUGUUGGUUUGUGUGUUAGCAGGGACUUAUGGGUGACUCAGUGGACAGCUGGUGCAUUCCACUGAGAUUACACAUCUGUAUUAAUCCCAGCAGAGCCGUAGUGCAUCUGGGAAUGACUUUUAUGAUGCCGUCGGGGCCCUGAGAGUGUGAGUAUUAAAGAUCCAUUUAUUGAACAUUCACUUCAUU